GUGGUUGGUUUUUAUAUUAGUAUGUAGAAUUCAUAAAUAAGGGAAUAUAGAGGACUGCUUACUCUUUUUCACUUAUGUUGCCAUUAACGGUAGUCUGUUUCUGUUCUUUUCAAGAUGUCACUGGAUUAGGAAUUUAAAAGCAUAAUUUGUCUUUAAUAUUUGUCAGGAAGAAAAUAAUGAACCUGUAUCACCAAACUAGCCAGUACUUGCCUCAUUUUGCAGCUCUUUGACCUUGGGCAAGUUGCUUGGUCUCUCUGAACUUGAUUUUCGUCUUCUAUGAAAACAGGGAAGUAGCUGCUUCACUGAGAUUGUGUUAUGGGUUAAAUGCAGUUAUUUUAUAUAUAACUAUAGUUGCUCGAUAAAAGGUAUAGGUUAUUGUUAGCAGUAUCACCUGUAUCCUCUUCAGCUCUUCUCUGUGGCAUGAGUUGGUUCUUAACAUUUCCAUAGCUGCUGUUUCAGUCUGGUCUCUACUUAGUCACCUUGGUCUCUGGCCUGGAGAAUUUAUGCUCUUUCAUAUCUUAACAUCUUCUAUACUCUCAAGAUCUUGCAUAUUAGGAGAUGAUAUUUGGAUAUUGAAAUAAAUUAUGAAGUAGUUGCAGGGGUAGGAGAGAAAGCCCCCAUCUACUGGUCACUUUAAAGUCACAGAAACCAGGUUCAUCCCUCUCCCUCAUUCUCUCCAUCACUUUUCUUGUUUGUCCUCUCGUCCUCUCUGUCACUGCGACCACCACGCUGUGGUUACACCACUCUCUCUCCUGCUCACCUGGUCCUGUGGCAGGUGUUCAGUCUGACUAAAAAAUCCUUCCUGUGGUGGGGUGGUGUGCUGUGGUGUGAAGACCCUGGCAUCGUAGAUGAGCGAGUGGGGUUGGUAACUCCUGUGCCUCUUCCUAGUCUAUGACCCUGUCUUUAGUCUUAGUGCUCUCAUUUUUAAAAGAAUUGUAAUACCAAGUUUGCUUAAAAGAUGUGAAAAUUAAACGUGAUCAGUACUUAGUGUGUAAUCAGUACUAAAUAUCAGUCUUUAGUCUUAGUGCUCUCAUUUUUAAAAGAAUUGUAAUACCAAGUUUGCUUAAAAGAUGUGAAAAUUAGAUGUAAUCAAUACUUAGUGUGUAGAAUAUAAUUGUAGGUUACUAAUGAAGGUAGCUUUUAUUUUGUAACUUUUGAGAGCCAUAAGUUCCAAGAUGGACUCAGUGUGCUUGGAUUAUUUGUACAGUCUAUUAGUCGAUGGCUCAGAUUAAACUCCAGUCCGUUCUCACGGGAGUGUGUCAGAUAUGCUUGCUGGUGGAUGUGCUCUUAUCCUUCUCAUCAUGACAGUGGUCCUUUACAGUCUUGGUCUCUUAGUAAUGGUGGAGGCUGGGGAUAUUUUUUCAUGUGUUCUAGUUGAUUUAGUUGCUUGUUUCCUCUGUUCUUUUCCUAGCUUGCUUGUGUUUUUCUGGAGCCCCUUUCUUCCCAGUGUUCCCUGGGGUCAGAGUUCACACUGGUGAAUGAUGUGUUUUCAGUGGAGCAUAGAAGAGGUCACUUGAACUCUGGCUACUAUUAGGAGCCUGAAAGUAAACCUAGAGACAAAGCCAUCAUCAAGAGUAGCAUGUUAGAAAUGAAACAACUGUCCUGGGGCAUCACUGGACACAAAUAAGCCUCUUGUUCUCCUCAGCCUUUGUUAAGCUAUUGUUUUCAGAAGUUAGUGACUUCAUAAACAAAGCCUCGGUCAUUUUCACUGUUAAGUAAAAUACUUGAUUUUUGAUUGGUUUAUACAAGUGUACUACUAACAAAAUUACCCACAUUUAGGAAAGCUAUAACUGUAGAGUCUCAGUGUGUCUUAUGUAUGUUCAGAGAACAAAGGCACCAGGAGCCUAGUUACUAAUUAUCUUACUGCUAAAGUGGAAUGUGUUCAGACAGCUAAAUUUUUGAGAUGACCUUGACUAUCUCACAGUUUGAAUGGAAAAACUAAGUAGCUCUGCAUUUUAAAAAGUUGCUAGUACAGAUUGUAAGGGUGUUUUCUGUCCGUCUUCUUUAGUAUGAGUUUAUUACUCGCUUAUGUUUUGAAACUAAGAAGGGAAAUCAUGCCUCUUGGAUCCCUCAAUAUUCCCUAAGCUAAUUUUAAAGAAUGUGCCUACCUCAAAUUCUUGAUUUUAUGUUUUCGAGAGAGUUUUUAAAAUUUAUACACUUACUAUGAGAGUACCAACCAGGAAAAAUAUUUUACAACAAAAAUAUUUGGGUACCUAUAGACAUAGAGACAUAGAUAGAUCAGGAUUUUUUUUCCAGAAAGGAUUUUUAUUUCAUCAAAGUAAUUAUUUUAACUCUAAGGUCAUAAAGAAUUAGGUUAGUAAAAUGACAAAGGCAUGACUUUGAAAACAAAAAUGGUUUGAGAAGCCAUCUACAGACAUGAUCUGGGUCAGACUUGAUUUGCAGCUUACUCGAUUUUAGAAUCGGUUGUCAGUUUUGUAAACAGAAGACUGCUGGAUGAAUUGAACAGAAGGGUGAGAUUAGCAUAUUAAUAAGUUACUGGCUACUGGCCUUCUUUUUCUCCUCCCUCUUUUCCCUCCCUCUUUCUCUUUCCCUGAAUGAAUCUAGGAACACAGACCCAUGGGGUCACAUUACUAGCUGGUUUCAUUCUGUUCAGUAGCUUAAUCUAGCCAGGAUGGUCUGUGUUUCAGAUUGCGGAAGCAUGAGAAGAUUCUGUAACUGAGAGGCAUUCUUCAAGCUGCUGGAAAAUAUUACAGAAGGAACACCUUCCAAAUUUUGCUUCAAGCUCUGAAAAAAGGAGCACACAGGGGAACCUUAGUCUUGCUUGUGGAUCGAAGCAAAUACUAUCACAGCGAGGAACUGGGACUUUGUGUGCGGACUCCUGGCUUGAUCUUUAUAGGAUUGGGUGUAUGUUGUUGGAACUGGCAGGCCAAGAGGCCCUGAAACCAGCAGGUGCCAUCUAUAUGGAGAAAAGCGGCUGUAGUCCAUUUCCAGUGUGUUGGGCUAAAGAAUAUGACAGAUACCUAGCAUCUAGCAAAAUAAUGGCAGCUGCUUACCUUGACCCCAACUUGAAUCACACGCCAAAUUCGAGUACUAAGACUCACCUGGGUACUGGUAUGGAACGUUCUCCUGGUGCGAUGGAGCGAGUAUUAAAGGUCUUUCAUUAUUUUGAAAGCAAUAGUGAGCCAACCACCUGGGCCAGUAUUAUCAGGCAUGGAGAUGCUACUGAUGUCAGGGGCAUCAUUCAGAAGAUAGUGGACAGUCACAAAGUAAAGCAUGUGGCCUGCUAUGGAUUCCGCCUCAGUCACCUGCGGUCAGAGGAGGUUCACUGGCUUCACGUGGAUAUGGGCGUCUCCAGUGUGAGGGAGAAGUAUGAGCUUGCCCACCCACCAGAGGAGUGGAAAUAUGAAUUGAGAAUUCGUUAUUUGCCAAAAGGAUUUCUAAACCAGUUUACUGAAGAUAAGCCAACUUUGAAUUUCUUCUAUCAACAGGUGAAGAGCGAUUAUAUGUUAGAGAUAGCUGAUCAAGUGGACCAGGAAAUUGCUUUGAAGUUGGGUUGUCUAGAAAUACGGCGAUCAUACUGGGAGAUGCGGGGCAAUGCACUAGAAAAGAAGUCUAACUAUGAAGUAUUAGAAAAAGAUGUUGGUUUAAAGCGAUUUUUUCCUAAGAGUUUACUGGAUUCUGUCAAGGCCAAAACACUAAGAAAACUGAUCCAACAAACAUUCAGACAAUUUGCCAACCUUAAUAGAGAAGAAAGUAUUCUGAAAUUCUUUGAGAUCCUGUCUCCAGUCUACAGAUUUGAUAAGGAAUGCUUCAAGUGUGCUCUUGGUUCAAGCUGGAUUAUUUCAGUGGAACUGGCAAUCGGCCCAGAAGAAGGGAUCAGUUACCUAACGGACAAGGGCUGCAAUCCCACACAUCUUGCUGACUUCACUCAAGUGCAAACCAUUCAGUAUUCAAACAGUGAAGACAAGGACAGAAAAGGAAUGCUACAACUAAAAAUAGCAGGUGCACCCGAGCCUCUGACAGUGACGGCACCAUCCCUAACCAUUGCGGAGAAUAUGGCUGACCUAAUAGAUGGGUACUGCCGGCUGGUGAAUGGAGCCUCGCAGUCAUUUAUCAUCAGACCCCAGAAAGAAGGUGAACGGGCUUUGCCAUCGAUACCAAAGUUGGCCAACAGUGAAAAGCAAGGCAUGCGAACACACGCCGUCUCUGUGUCAGGAGUCAGUCACUGCCAACAUAAAGUUAAGAAAGCUAGGCGCUUUCUCCCUUUGGUCUUCUGUUCCCAUGAUCCUCCUUCUACGGAUGAAAUUAGUGGGGACGAAACAGAUGAUUAUGCUGAGAUUAUAGAUGAAGAAGAUACUUACACCAUGCCCUCAAAAAGCUAUGGAAUAGAUGAAGCCAGGGAUUAUGAGAUUCAAAGAGAAAGAAUAGAACUUGGACGAUGUAUUGGAGAAGGCCAAUUUGGAGAUGUACAUCAAGGCGUUUAUAUGAGCCCAGAGAAUCCAGCUUUGGCGGUUGCAAUUAAAACAUGUAAAAACUGUACUUCGGACAGCGUGAGAGAGAAAUUUCUUCAAGAAGCCUUAACAAUGCGUCAGUUUGACCAUCCUCAUAUUGUGAAGCUGAUUGGAGUCAUCACAGAGAAUCCUGUCUGGAUAAUCAUGGAGCUGUGCACACUUGGAGAGCUGAGGUCAUUUUUGCAAGUAAGGAAAUACAGUUUGGAUCUAGCAUCUUUGAUCCUGUAUGCCUAUCAGCUUAGUACAGCUCUUGCAUAUCUAGAGAGCAAAAGAUUUGUACACAGGGACAUUGCUGCUCGGAAUGUUCUGGUGUCCUCAAAUGAUUGUGUAAAAUUAGGAGACUUUGGAUUAUCCCGAUAUAUGGAAGAUAGUACUUACUACAAAGCUUCCAAAGGAAAAUUGCCUAUUAAAUGGAUGGCUCCAGAGUCAAUCAAUUUUCGACGUUUUACCUCAGCUAGUGACGUAUGGAUGUUUGGUGUGUGUAUGUGGGAGAUACUGAUGCAUGGUGUGAAGCCUUUUCAAGGAGUGAAGAACAAUGAUGUAAUCGGUCGAAUUGAAAAUGGGGAAAGAUUACCAAUGCCUCCAAAUUGUCCUCCUACCCUCUACAGCCUUAUGACGAAAUGUUGGGCCUAUGACCCCAGCAGGCGGCCCAGGUUUACUGAACUUAAAGCUCAGCUCAGCACAAUCCUGGAGGAAGAGAAGGCUCAGCAAGAAGAGCGCAUGAGGAUGGAGUCCAGAAGACAGGCCACAGUGUCCUGGGACUCCGGAGGGUCUGAUGAAGCGCCGCCCAAGCCCAGCAGACCGGGUUAUCCUAGUCCGAGGUCCAGCGAAGGAUUUUAUCCCAGCCCACAGCACAUGGUACAAACCAAUCAUUACCAGGUUUCUGGCUACCCUGGUUCACAUGGAAUCACAGCCAUGGCUGGCAGCAUCUAUCCAGGUCAGGCAUCUCUUUUGGACCAAACAGAUUCAUGGAAUCAUAGACCUCAGGAGAUAGCAAUGUGGCAGCCCAAUGUGGAGGACUCUACAGCACUGGACCUGCGAGGGAUUGGGCAAGUGUUGCCAACUCAUCUGAUGGAAGAGCGGCUAAUCCGACAGCAACAGGAAAUGGAAGAAGAUCAGCGCUGGCUGGAAAAAGAGGAAAGAUUUCUGAAACCUGAUGUGAGACUCUCUCGAGGCAGUAUUGACAGGGAGGAUGGAAGUCUUCAGGGUCCGAUUGGAAACCAACAUAUAUAUCAGCCUGUGGGUAAACCAGAUCCUGCAGCUCCACCAAAGAAACCGCCUCGCCCUGGAGCUCCCGGUCAUCUGGGAAGCCUUGCCAGCCUCAGCAGCCCUGCUGACAGCUACAACGAGGGUGUCAAGCCAUGGAGGCUUCAGCCCCAGGAAAUCAGCCCCCCUCCUACUGCCAACCUGGACCGGUCGAAUGAUAAGGUGUAUGAGAAUGUGACAGGCCUGGUGAAAGCUGUCAUCGAGAUGUCCAGUAAAAUCCAGCCAGCCCCACCAGAGGAGUACGUCCCUAUGGUGAAGGAAGUCGGCUUGGCCCUGAGGACGUUAUUGGCCACUGUGGAUGAGACCAUUCCCCUCCUACCAGCCAGCACCCACCGAGAGAUUGAGAUGGCGCAGAAACUAUUGAACUCUGACCUGGGAGAGCUCAUCAACAAGAUGAAACUGGCCCAGCAGUAUGUCAUGACCAGCCUCCAGCAAGAGUACAAAAAGCAAAUGCUGACUGCUGCUCACGCCCUGGCUGUGGAUGCUAAAAACUUACUCGAUGUCAUUGACCAAGCAAGACUGAAAAUGCUUGGGCAGACGAGACCACACUGAGCCUCCCCUAGGAGCACGUCUUGCUACCCUCUUUUGAAGAUGUUCUCUAGCCUUCCACCAGCAGCGAGGAAUUAACCCUGUGUCCUCAGUCGCCAGCACUUACAGCUCCAACUUUUUUGAAUGACCAUCUGGUUGAAAAUCGUUCUCAUAUAAGUUUAACCACACUUUAAUUUGGGUUCAUUUUUUGUUUUGUUUUUUUCAAUCAUGAUAUUCAGAAAAGUCCAGGAUCCAAAAUGUGGCAUUUUUAUAAGAAUGAAAAUUGUACGUAAGCUUUUAAGCAUCAUGAAGAACAGUUUAUGUUCACAUUAAGAUACGUUCUAAUAGGGGAUGGCCAAGGGGUGACAUCUUAAUUCCUAAACUACCUUAGCUGCAUAGUGGAAGAGGAGAGCAUGAAGCAAAGAAUUCCAGGAAACCCAAGAGGCUGAGAAUUCUUUUGUCUACCAUAGAAUUAUUAUCCAGACUGGAAUUUUUAUUUGUUAGAACACCCUUCAGUUGCAAUAUGCUAAUCCCACUUUACAAAGAAUAUAAAAGCUAUAUUUUGAAGACUUGAGUUAUUUCAGAAAAAACUACAGCCCUUUUUGUCUUACCUGCCUUUUACUUUCGUGUGGAUAUGUGAAGCAUUGGGUCGGGAACUAGCUGUAGAACACAACUAAAAACUCUUGUCUUUUUUCACAGAAUAAUGUGCCAGUUUUUUGUAGCAAUGUUAUUUCUCUUGGAAGCAGACAUGCUUUGUACCAGAGCACCUCCAAACUGCAUUGAGGAGAAGUUCCAGAACCAUCCCCUUUUUCCAUUUUUGUAUAAUUUAUAAAGAAAGAUUAAAGCCAUGUUGACUAUUUUACAGCCACUGGAGUUAACUAACCCUUCCUUGUAUCUGUCUUCCCAGGAGAGAAUGAAGCAAAACAGGAAUUUGGUUUUCUUUUGAUGUCCAGUUACACCAUCCAUUCUGUUAAUUUUGAAAAAAUAUACCCUCCCUUUAGUUUGUUGGGGGAUAUAAAUUAUUCUCAGGAAGAAUAUAAUGAACUGUACAGUUACUUUGACCUAUUAAAAAGGUGUUACCAGUAAA